AUCCCGCCCCUAGAGCAGAGCCGGAAGAGGGCGGGGCGAACCGGAAGACGGUGAAAUGCUUUCGGUAGGCGCUCCAAGGCCGUGAAGAUGGCGGCGGUUGCGUGGCUUCAGGUGUUACCUGUCAUUCUUCUGCUUCUGGUGGCUCAGCCGCCCCCAUUGUCGCUUUUCGGUGCAGGACCGGCACCCGUGUCUGCUGCCGACCGGUCCAAGUGGCACAUUCCGAUACCAUCGGGGAAAAAUUAUUUUAGUUUUGGAAAGAUCCUCUUCAGAAAUACCUCUAUAUUUCUGAAAUUUGAUGGAGAACCUUGUGAUCAGUCUUUGAAUAUAACCUGGUAUCUGAAAAGUGCUGAUUGUUAUAAUGAAAUCUAUAACUUUAAGGGAGAAGAUGUAGGGAAAUAUUUGGAUAAACUUAAAGACAAAGGAGGCUUGUCUGGGAAAUAUCAAACAUCAUCAAAAUUGUUCCAGAACUGCAGUGAACUCUUUAAAACACAGAGCUUUUCUGGGGAUUUCAUGCAUCGACUGCCUCUUUUAGGAGAAAAACAGGAGGCUAAGGAGAAUGGAACAAAUCUUACCCUUAUUGGAGACAAAACUGCAAUGCAUGAACCAUUGCAAACUUGGCAAGAUGCACCGUACAUUUUUAUUGUACACGUUGGCAUUUCAUCCUCAAAGGAAUCAUCAAAAGAGAAUUCACUAAGUAAUCUUUUUACUAUGACUGUUGAAGUGAAGGGUCCCUAUGAAUACCUCACACUUGAAGACUAUCCCUUGAUGAUUUUUUUUAUGGUGAUGUGUAUCGUGUAUGUCCUGUUCGGUGUUCUGUGGCUGGCGUGGUCUGCCUGCUACUGGAGAGAUCUCCUGAGAAUUCAGUUUUGGAUUGGUGCUGUCAUCUUCCUGGGAAUGCUUGAGAAGGCUGUCUUCUAUGCAGAAUUUCAGAAUAUUCGGUACAAAGGAGAGUCUGUCCAAGGUGCCUUGAUCCUUGCAGAACUACUUUCAGCAGUGAAACGCUCACUGGCACGUACACUGGUCAUAAUAGUCAGUCUGGGAUAUGGCAUAGUCAAGCCACGCCUAGGAGUCACCCUUCACAAGGUUGUGGUAGCAGGAGCCCUCUAUCUUUUGUUCUCUGGCAUGGAAGGGGUCCUCAGAGUUACUGGGUAUAUUUCUUAUCGCUUGGCUCUGAUAUUAAACCUGGCCCUCUCAGCACUUGAUGCCUGUAUUAUAUUAUGGAUAUUUAUUAGCCUGACUCAAACAAUGAAGCUAUUAAAACUUCGGAGGAACAUUGUAAAACUCUCGUUGUACCGACAUUUCACCAACACACUUAUCUUGGCAGUGGCAGCAUCUAUUGUGUUUAUCAUCUGGACAACGAUGAAGUUCAGAAUAGUGACGUGUCAGUCGGACUGGCGGGAGUUGUGGGUGGAUGAUGCCAUUUGGCGGCUGCUGUUCUCCAUGAUCCUGUUUGUCAUCAUGAUUCUCUGGCGACCAUCUGCAAACAACCAGAGGUUUGCCUUUUCACCAUUGUCUGAGGAAGAGGAGGAUGAUGAACAGAAGGAACCUAUGCUGAAGGAAAGCUUUGAAGGAAUGAAAAUGAGAAGUACCAAACAAGAACCCAAUGGAAAUAGUAAAGUAAACAAAGCACAGGAAGAUGAUUUGAAAUGGGUAGAAGAGAAUGUUCCUUCUUCAGUGACAGAUGUAGCACUCCCAGCCCUUCUGGAUUCAGAUGAGGAACGAAUGAUCACACACUUUGAAAGAUCCAAAAUGGAGUAAAGAAUGGGAAGAUUUGCAGUUGAAGAUGGCUAGUAUCAGGGAAGAAAUCAGCUUCUGUGUCAGUCCUCUACAGUGCUCCAUAGAACUAAAAGAAGUAGUGACAUCCUGAUCUGUUCCUUGAACUUUGGGCAUUGGAACUGGUGAGAGGCGUCAGAAUGAGGAGAACAUCUUACUGAAAACAAAUUCAUAGGAUGAAAAAAAUCUACAAGCUUCGUAUUUACAACAUUGAUGCCCCUUUUCUCUUCCAAACCCUGACAUGGAUGUUUAUGCAACUUAUGUGUGUUGUUCCUGAAAUUUCUAUAAUGUUUCAGUUGUUUAAUCUGUCAAACUAAAAUGUUUAACGUCUUCUAAAGGACUGUGUCAUCAACACCAUAAUAUGUAAUCCCCAGGAGCAACUGCCUGUAAUUCUUAUUUAUUUAGGGAGUUAAAUAGGUGAUGGGGGAAAUUGUAAAUUAUCUUUCAUUUUCCUGGGAAGUUAAGGUUAUAUCUUGCAGAGGUAGUUUUGAGGAAAAAGGGCUCUUCCGAGUUAAGGAGCCAUGGUUCUAUUAAUAAUUAAAAGAAAAAAAGAGAAACUGUUACAGUGUGAUGCAAACCAUUUAAAAAAGUGAAAUCAAGUGCAAUUUUGUUUACAAAUGGCGUAUAUUAAAGAUUUUUCUAUUUCAGAUGUACUUUAAAGAGUAAUAUUAGCUUAACUCUUUUGACAUCUGCUAUUGUGACACAUCCCAUUGCUGGCAAUGUGGUGCACUUUUAACUACUGUUUUUGUAAGCCUCCAAGGGUGGCAUUGGGAGUCCUAGGCAAUGUUUUGUUUGCCUGCAUGCCAUUAACUGGGUGUGGCACUACAUGCAGAGAUUGCUCUACUGUGAUUGAGCACCCUGCUAGAGGGUCUGUAAAUGCUUCAGAAGAAGGAGUUUCUACAAAGGAAACCAGUGCUGCUGGCUUAAUUUAAACAGUUACUCUUAAGUAGUGUGGAGGCCCUGGACUGCUGCUCUUUCUUUAGGAUUGACUGUUCUAAUAGCUGGUGUUGGUGUAAAGACUGUUUAUAAGGAACAUCACAAGGUGAUGGGAUUCAUUUGAUAUUUUUGUUUUACUGAUUUUACUCAAUUUUGCCUUCCCUAAGAUUUUUGUUGUAUGUAAAAAGUUCAUGCCACUUUUUAAUAUAAAAAAAUUU